AUGGGAAUUUCGCCGCGCGGAAGAGAGAAUCGCUGGAUGCGAAAACCCGAUGCUCAUACGAUGAAUAGAAACCCUAUCUUGGAUCCUACCCUUCAAGAAAUUCUUCAAGUGAUUAAACCCACACGAGCAGAUUGGGACACGAGGAUCGGCGUCAUUGAUCAGCUGCGUAGUGUCUUACAAUCCGUAGAAAGCUUAAGAGGUGAUGACCCUUGCCCUUUUCUGCUUCUUACUCGGUUCGUCCAUCUUGUUCACUGGAAAGAAGCAGAAGCAGACUUUACUUGGACAGUUGCUUCGAGCACUGAGAUCGUCAGACUGCAAUUCGUUGUUCAUGCGCGAGUUCCCAUUCUGAAAAUCGUGAGCUGGCACGAGAGAAUUUCUUGUGACAUUUCGAUUGAUAACCUGGAAGGACUCUUGAAGAGCAGGUUCUUGUUCUGGAUCAGUGAGAUUGAUGGGAGAUUCCGCGACUUGGUUUUGCUAGUGAAAGAAUGGGCCAAAGCUCAUGAUAUCAACAACCCAAAGAACGGGACUUUCAACUCUUACACUCUCAGUCUCUUAGUCAUCUUCCAUCUUCAGACAUGCGUGCCUGCAAUAUUGCCGCCUCUAGGAGAGAUAUAUCCAAGGAGUGCGGUUGAUGAUCUGAAAGGUGUGCGGAAAACUGCAGAAGAUAGCAUAGCUCAGCUUUCUGCUGCUAAUAUAGCGAGAUUCAAAUCAGGCACAUCAAGAUCAGUCAAUCGAAGCUCGCUCUCUGAGCUUUUGGUCUCGUUUUUCGCAAAGUUUUCAGACAUAAACGUAAAGGCCGGAGAACUGGGUGUUUGCCCGUUUACUGGAAGAUGGGAAAACAUAAGCAGCAACACUAGGUGGCUGCCAAAGACUUACUCACUCUUUGUUGAAGAUCCUUUUGAGCAACCAGAGAACGCAGCAAGGAGUGUGAGCCGUAAGAACUUGGACAGAAUAGCGCAAGUGUUUGAGAUGACAUCGCGCCGUCUUGCCUCCUCAGAUUGUAACAGAAACUCCAUAGUUGUGGUUCUAACAGCGCCACUCAUUUCACAGUCUUUGUGCAGAACAACGAGCCUCCCUAAUCAUCAUCAUGCAAACGGUGUGCAUGGUCAGUCUAGGCCAUGGAACAACCAAAUGCAGCAGAAUUGGUCACAGAGCAACAACAUCAUCCAGAAUCCGCCGUAUUGGCCAGCACCGAGACGCCCCCGACCGCAGCAGAACUGGUCUCAGAACAACCCCAGGAAUACGCAGGGACAAACACCUGUACAAGGCCAAGCUCAGACGCAGAAGAAGAGCCAUUAUCAGAGACCAAUUAAAAACACAUCUGCAGGUUCAAGUCAGAAUCAUCAGGGUCACAUUCCACCAGGUCAAAUUAAUGGUGUGAACUUUGCAAGGCCUGCACCAAUAAGUCAAAGUCAACGCGGGCAGAUGUGGAGGCCAAGACCCUGA